UACGCACGGGGGAGUAUAUAAAGCCGCGUGGACGGGGUGCACAACAUAUUAGCCGAGCACCUUGGCGAGUACUGAUCCUGAUCGGCAGCGCUGAGGAGCUGAGUAAUUUCGUUCGACAUGAAGGUCUUGAUUGUUCUUUCCGCCGUCCUGGCUUGCGCCUUUGCCAAUUCGCCGCUGUUCUACGCUAAUUUGGUGCCUGGUGCUCCGAUUGGCGUGGAUGGCCGGGUAGUCGACACCGCGGAAGUCGCGUUGGCCAAGGCCGAGCACGCGGCCGCUCACAUCAACGAGAGAAUCAAUUUGGCCGCGGAAGCCGUCAAGUCGGCCCACCACGUGCUCGCUUACAUCGCGCCGUCCAACGCCGCCGUAGUCGAUAACGUGCAGCUGGUGCAACCGGUCGCAGUGACGACGAAGCUGGUCCCCGGCGCACCGAUCGGUCCCGACGGCCGCGUCGUCGACACGCCGGAAGUCGCCCUCGCUAAGGCGGAACACGCGGCGGCGCAUAUCAACGAGAAGCUCAGCCACCACGAAGAAGCUGUGAGAUCGGCUUACUACGAGCAGCCGGUCAUCCUGGAUCGCGUCCAGCGCGUCGCUCGUUUAUUACUACUAUCGUUGAACCCGGCUCCGAAGGAUACACGCCCCUGGAUCGUCAUGAGAGGCCUGAUUUUUCUGCUCGCCACGGCGGUGACUUGUAGAGCCGCAUACGUCGGUUCGUCUCCGUAUGAGGGUGGCUUGGUUCAUCAACAGGUCAGGCCGACCUACGCGCCGCCCGCUCCAGUCGGCGAAGAUGGCAAUGUCAUCGACACGCCGGAAGUGGCGCAGGCGAAGGCCGCGCACUUUGCCGAAUUCGCGAAGGCUGCCGCCCGUGCGGCCCAGGCGCCAGAUAAGAAUCAGCAACAUUAUUCCGGUUACAAUCCGCAGAUCUCGUCGCCCAGGUACAGCUACCCGGCCGUUCAGCCGACCUCGGCGCCUUAUCUGAGACAGGCCAGCUACCAGCAGCCUACUCCGAUCUAUCAGACGGCCAAUCACGUGUCGGCACCUAUCUACGCUCCGGUAGAUCAUCACCAGCAACCCCUGCAAUACGAGGCACGGGCCAACUUUGUGGGCCAGAAGAACUACGCGCUGCCGGCGAAGACCACCACCUUCGUACCAGCGCCACUGGCCGAGGACGGCACAGUCGUGGACACGCCGGAAGUGGCGGCCCUGAAGGCAGCCAGACUGGCCGAACUCGCCGAGGCGGAGGCCCAGGCUUAUAAGCACGCGAACGAACAUCCGAACGAGGAGCAGGGUCAAGUUUCAGCUUAUUCUGGACCACCGGCCGGUCCCGCUCCCAUCAACCUGGGGCACUAUGGUGGUUCGCGGGCAUUCCCAGGAACUCAGCCGUACGCCACGCAGCAGGUAUUCAAUCCGUCGUCAGGUUUCCAACCUCAUCACUAUCAGUCCCAACAUCUGAUAGGGGCCUUCUGAAUCUAGCGAAAUCGCGGUCAAUCGACAUGUUCCGGUGCCUGUACAUACUCUAGAUGAAUAAAUUGUUUCCCCUUCCUACGAAUUCACCAUGUUUCUCGCGAUGUUCAUCGCAAAUUAAUCAUCUUGUACAUCUCUUCUUUAAAUAUUCUGAAAAUUGAUAUAUAAAGACUAUGGAAAAAAGAUUCAAUGAAACUCUCUAAAUCGGAAUCAGUGGAAUUUCACUGAUUUGCGGUGCUAUACUUAUAACUGUGUUAUCAGUGACUAUUCACUAUUUUUCAGUGAAUGAGUGUGUUAUUACUGAAAAAUCAGUGCAUGUAUCACUGAAUGAAAUAGUUACAAGUAUAUCACUGAAAACAGACUAUUCACUGUCUUUUAGUGAAUAAUACACUGAUUCCAAUUUAGAGAGAAGGAAGAGAAAGCCUGUUUUCUCUACCGCGGUCCCUAUCUUUCUUCUUCUCUCUUUAUUUUUUCCAAAAAAUUAAUUAUCAUGUAAUGGACGACAAUCUUAUUUAAAUUAGAUUAAAUUCUAUUCGUUCGUAAAUUAAAAAUAAGAGGUACAAGUUAAUUAUUUUCAUUGUGAAUUAAUGAGCGCACUGUGUGUAAAAUAUUUUGUAAUUUGCACGAUUACAAAAUAAUAUAAUGACUAAUAUUUCUAACUCACUCGUCGUCGUGCAACGUCAAAUAAGCAAUUAAGAUUUAAUAAAGUGCUAUUCACGUGCUGGCCUACUUUUCCAUCUUGCGUUGUGUCUAGCGUAAUUUAAGUAUGGCUCAAAUGUUACUUCACUAUUAAACCGUACGAAUUGGUUCAAGACUGUAAAGAUGCAACGAAUGCAUCCAAAUGUUUGUUCAACUUCUGCAGAUUAGAAGCUUGUUGCUUUUUA